AUGUACAAAGCCAUUCAGCUGCAUGAGUACACCAUCCUGAUGAUUCACCCUACCAGCCACUGGAUUGUAACCCAGGCAAAUGCUGGGGCAGCAGGCCGACAUGGCCCAUUCAAAGUAGAAGUCAUGCAGUCAUAUGUAUGGUGGUGGCAGAUGCAUCAUUUGUCUUGUUCUCUGAAAGCAAUGCUGUGUGAGAUUCCUCAGUUGGACACCCAGUCCUGCACUCAGUGCGAGGCAGAAGGAGUGGCAAUUCUCUGCCCUUUGAUGGUACACAUGACCAUAUCUGCCUCAGUGGGCUUUGCACUGACGACUACGACAUGGGUAAAUGACAGCAACGACGACGUUAGUGACAAGAAGACUGCGCAUGCUACAGUCGUCAAUGCAAUCCUGGAGAUGGAGGCAAGUGUCGAGCGAGUAACCCAGGCCCUUCACGGGCUCAUUAAUUGGGAACUUCGAGAGCCGCUCAUGGAUCUCGACAUUGCUGACCAGCUGAUAUUCCACGACACCAACGAGGAUAUGGCGACCCUCAAGCAUCUCAAUGUCGUCAUGCUGACCUUUGACCAGGUCUUCCAGCAAGUGAUUGAACCAGCAGUGGAGGCAGCUAAGGCAGCGAAGGCCGCUGAGGAGGCUCAGGGAACCGUUGACACAGACAUAUCUCCCAUUCAGGCCGAGUUUGAUGGCACUAUGUCAGAGGAAGGUCUGGAGAAAUCACUCCCAUUGCUGAUAUGUGUUAUUUACAAAUGUGUGAAUGUGUCACAUGCCCAUUGUCAAUCACACACGCUGCGACACCUCGGUGAACCCACUCAACGUCCCAUGCUUGAUUGCGGCAAGGAUAUAUAUAAGCAGCUCCUGUCCAAGCGCCCCUCUCCCACCUGCCACCAUAUCGUGUCAAACAUGCAUGGCAGUGGCAGAUGCCUUAUUUGUCUGGCUCUCCGCAAGCAGUGCUGUGAAAUUCCUCGGGUGGGCGCACAGUCCUGCACUGAGUGCGAGGCUGAAGGAGUGGCGAUCCUCUGCUCUUUGAUGCCACCGACGAUGGCACGUAUGAUACAAAUGCUUGAAGACGAUCCCAGCCACUACAUCAGCGAGCUGUUUCAAACCGGCGUCAUGAAGGUUGCUGAUGCGAUUAUGGAUAUGGAGGCUCGUGUGGUGGACAUGAGAAGGGCCCUUGGCCCACUGAUUAAUUGGGAUCUUCAGCAGCCACUCAUUCCUCUCAACCAUCCACAGUGCCACCUCUUCCAUGACGUCAACAACAAUAUGAAGAGCCUGGAAACAUUGGCAGUGGUGAUGAAGACCUUCAAGGUUGUUUUUGAAGAAACCAUCCUACCAGUGAUUGAGGAGGCCAGGGAGGCCAUGCUCACUGCUGAGGCUGAUGUUGAGAUGGAGACGUAG